AAUUUCAAUUUUAUUGAUAUUAUAUUUUAUUUAAAAUAAUAUUUUCUUUAGAGAAAUCUAUGAAACAAGUACAUAAAAAUGGUAGAUGAAGGCACAAGGAAAACUUUGAGCAGCAUACCUUUACUUAAAACGAAAGCAGGACCCAGAGACAAAGAGUUAUGGACGACUAGGUUAAAAGAGGAAUACCAAGCUUUAAUAAAGUAUGUUCAAAACAACAAAGAGGCAGACAAUGACUGGUUCAGGUUGGAAUCUGACAAGACAGGCACAAGGUGGUUUGGCAAGUGUUGGUAUGUCCAUAACCUGCUGAAGUAUGAGUUUGAUUUGGAAUUUGAUAUACCCAUUACUUAUCCCACAACUGCACCAGAACUAGCAUUACCAGGUCUGGAUGGCAAGACAGCAAAAAUGUACAGAGGGGGCAAGAUAUGCCUCACAGAUCACUUUAAACCAUUGUGGGCAAGGAAUGUGCCCAGAUUUGGUAUUGCUCAUGCUAUGGCUUUGGGGCUUGGUCCUUGGCUCGCCGUUGAAAUUCCUGAGUUAAUCGAAAGAGGUGUUGUCAAGUAUCAAGAGAAAAGUGAAGAAGCGAAAUAAAUACUCUCUGUAAAGCUAGGCAUAUUUUUUCUUCAUUCCGCACUUGGCUAGCGUGGUUGGACUAUGACCGAACCCUUCUCAUCUUGAAAGUUAUCUCAAUUAAUUAAAAUCAGCCUAACAAAUUAUGAGUUAAUAUGAUACAUAAUAUUAUGUAUAAUAAUGAGUUGAACUGUUAUUUGCUGGACACUUAAGAAUAUAAUUAAAUUACAUAGCCAGAGACAUGGAAUACGUUUGCUGGAUCUUUACUCAAGGUUCUGGGCUCUGGCUGAUGAAUACGUACCAUCCAUUUACACACGGAUUAAUCGCAACCCGGCUGGGCCGUGAAUACCUGGCUUUUAAUAUAUAUAUUGAAAAUAUAUUAAGAAAUUUGUAAAGAUGUAAAUAUUAUUAUAUGUACCUACAUAAUAAAUAAUUAUUUUUUUGUCAUAAAUGAGUGGUAAUGUUUUAUUAAUAAAUAUAUACGAUGUAUCGCAGUCGCGUUGUUACAAACUGUACUAACUAUUACAUGAGCUACAUAACAUACAUUGCUAUGUAAGUUUUCUUUUAGCUAACAAUCCUAAGGUUUUGGUUU